UUUAGUCCUUCCUUCCCGUGUUUUAUGUGACCUCUCUUCUAUCGUGAGUGAUCUUCUUUCAGUCGUCUAAGCGUAAACACAUUUACGUGAUUCUCUUGUUUUGUUCCGGGUCUUUUUUUUCCAGAAGGAGAAAGCGUAUUCAUCUCCAGUGGAUGUCUGUCUGGUUUCUUUAGAUCACAUUAUGUGUCUUCUUCUAGCAGGGCUCGUGCUGCUGGUGUGUGCUGCAGAUGCCACACCAGUUGGUGGCAGAACUGUUCCUGAUUUUGGAAAGAUGUAUCAUGUUAAAGGUCUGCUUACUUUGCCUUAUGCUGAGAUAAAGGAACCAUUUGAAGCUUGGUUCGAUCUCAAAGGGAACAGAAGUCGAAUAGACUUUUAUCACGGUACAGUGUGCACUUUUUUUAUUGGUAAUGAUUUGGACUAUGGUGCCACUUACAAGAUUACACCAGUCACCACUGAGACUGAAUUCAAUACUAUGAAGUGUUUCCAGCUUAAUGGUACCAAGGAGGAUCCAAUACUUCCACAGUCAGCUCUGCCUGAUCUGCAGGGCUUUGAAUUUGAAAAGAUGGAGUAUUACGCAGGCAAUCUGUGUGAGGUCUGGAAAAACGUCACUCAGGUUGGGCAUAAGAAGAACACGUAUCGUCUUUGGGUCACACGUCCAGAGGGAAAUGAUUCCCCAGCCACCCCACACCACUAUGAGAUGAUGGGCUUCAACACACUUUUUGGGUCCCACUAUGAUAAAUACCUAAUCGACUACAGUGACUUUAGCUCUAAAAUUGAUUCUGACAUUUUCAAACUACCUGGAGGAUUGACCUGUGGUGACUUUCCUGGUCCUGGUCUUGAGCAUCAUUUAUUGGCCAACCCCAUCCAAGACCUUGUCCACACCUCCCCCGUUGGUCACGCCCACCGUCUGUUUGGCCACUUUAAGGAGAAGUAUGAGCGGCAAUAUGAAAAUGAAAAGGAGCAUGAGGCGCGUGAGCACAACUUUGUACAUAAUAUUCGGUAUGUGCACUCUAUGAAUAGAGCAGGUCUUUCUUUUUCCCUCUCUGUCAAUCACCUGGCUGAUCGGUCACAGGAAGAGCUGGCCAUGAUGAAAGGACUUAAAAGGACUCAUGUUCACAGAAAGGCUCAGCCUUUUCCCUCUGAAAUCCGCUCUAUAGACAUCCCUGAUUCAGUAGACUGGAGGCUGAAUGGGGCUGUGACACCAGUGAAAGACCAGGCUGUGUGUGGAUCCUGCUGGAGCUUUGCCACCACUGGAACACUAGAGGGAGCACUUUUCCUGAAGACGGGAGAGCUGACGCCAUUGUCCCAGCAGAUGCUGGUCGACUGUACAUGGGGAUUUGGGAAUAAUGGUUGUGAUGGAGGAGAGGAAUGGAGAGCGUUUGAGUGGAUUAUGAAACAUGGUGGCAUUUCUACCGCCGAGAGCUAUGGAGGAUAUAUGGGCAUGAAUGGUUUGUGUCACUACAAUAAGUCCUCCAUGGUGGCAAAGUUGAGCGGUUACACUAAUGUGACCAGUGGUGAUACUGAGGCACUGAAGGCCGCUAUCGUUAAAUUCGGCCCUGCAGCAGUCAGCAUUGAUGCUUCUCAUCGUUCCUUCACCUUCUACAGCAAUGGAGUGUAUUACGAACCAGCAUGCAAAAACGGGACUGAUGACUUGGAUCAUGCUGUGCUAGCAGUUGGUUAUGGGGUAAUGGAUAAUAAGCCCUAUUGGCUAGUUAAAAACUCCUGGUCCACUUACUGGGGCAAUGAUGGUUAUAUACUGAUGUCCAUGAAAGACAACAACUGUGGUGUGGCCACUGAUGCUACUUACGUGACAUUAGCCUAAUAUACCUACAUCUUCCAGAAAAAUCAUACAAGAAUUGUUUUUGAGUAUUUUAUUGCAGAUGCUGGACAAAUGAUCACAGUUUUAUCGUUCAUGAGUUGGAAUGUCAAUAAAUGGAAAGUCUUAAUAACAAAAUGUUUGUUCAUUGUAAAAUCACAUAAAGACUUGCAUUCCAUCGUGCAGCAAAAGUAACACACUCAUACUUGUUCAAAGCAAGGCAAUGGUCAGUAACUAGUAGGUCUAUGUAACAGUUUCAUUAGACCCAAAUUGAAUAAUUCUUAUGUCCUCAACAUUUUAAGACUGGGGGCUGUGGUAACCAUCCAAUUUUCUUAAUUGUAGUUCCACUAAUGGUGCCCUCUUCUGGGAAAAAAAGUCUUUACAUUUCAUCAGGUUAAAAGACAGAUGUACCAGACAGUUACAAAUUAAGGUCUGGUCAAAUUAAGGACAAGAGUAAAAACAUUUAGAUCAUGAUAAUCAUGCAGUAAUUUAUAAAAAUUAUUUGGUUAAAAGUAUAGUUAAUCAAAAUUGCAUUAUUAUUUACUCACCCUCUUGUUGUUCCAAACAUAAAAUCAGACAUUUAAAAUAAUUUUGGUCAGUUAGUCAUUAGUAGUUUGGUUGGUUAGUGAACCUCGGAUUAAGGAUUGAAUCAUUCAGCCUGAAUCACCUAAUAAGAGUGAUUUGUUUACUGUUUAGUUUAUUUCUCUGGUGCAAGCCAUUGGCUCGAUGACCUGGUCAUAGCUAUUUUCAGGCUUCAUGUGAAUAAUGACUUAACAUUUUAGUCUGUUCCUCCAAAAUUUUACACAUGGAUUCAGAUUCUUGAAAUACAGUACAGUGCUUUCACAGUAUUUUGUAGGACACAGAAUAAGAGUUUAAAAUGGCAUGGGGGGGGGGUGAGUAAAUAAUGAUAAGUGUAUAUCCCUUUAAGAUAACAUUUAGAACAUUAGACAAAUUGCAUUCUAAAAUAGUUAAAUUCUAUCAAACAAUAGCAUGCAGUAAAAUUACAUAGUUAAUGUCAGGAUAUAAAGGUAAAAACUAGAUUGUGUCAUUUGGCAGUGUGCUGCUGAGAUUGACGUUAUCUGUGAGUUUGUGACCAUGUAUCAUCACAGCAAUCUCAUGACCUUCUACAGUAGUGUAUGUAUCAUAGGCUCAAGCAAAGUUGGCAACAUACAUAUUUAACCCGCUAUACAUUAAACCUCUUUUUU